AUGGCCGGAGGAUGGGGCGUCCCGUUGGCGCUGCUGGCUGUGCUGACCCUACAGCGCGCGGGGGCCCUCAGAGUGAGGAACACGAUCCACCAGUUUGAGUUCCAGCAGCGGAUCGAGGCACCGCAGCAGGAGAAUGGGGAAUACCAGCAGUCCUUCAACGCUGAUGAGGUCUUCCACGUGGACCUGCAGAAGCAGGAGACCAUCUGGCGCCUGCCCGAGUUCGGGAGCUUUACCGCCUUCGAGGCCCAGGGAGCGCUGCAGAACGCGGCCACGGCCAAACACAACCUGGAGCUCAUGAUAGAAAGGUCCAACCGCUCGCAGGCCACCAUCGUGCCACCCGAGGUGACGGUGUUCCCCAAACGCCGAGUGGAGCUGGGGGACCCCAACGUCCUGAUCUGCUACGUGGACAAGUUCUGGCCCUCCGUGAUCUCCAUCUCAUGGCUGAGGAACGGGCAGGAGGUGACGGACGGCGUCCUCGAGACCGUUUUCUACCCACGGGAGGACCACAGCUUCCGCAAGUUCUCCUACCUGCCCUUCAUCCCCACCCGCGGGGACUACUACGACUGCCGCGUGGAGCACUGGGGGCUGCCCACCCCCCUCCUGAAGCACUGGGAGCCCCAGCUGCCCCUCCCCGCCUCCGAGAGCACCGAGACCCUGGUCUGCGCCCUGGGCCUGGCCGUGGGCAUCGUGGGCAUCAUGGUGGGCACCAUCCUCAUCAUCAAGGCCAUGAAGAUGAACGGCGCCCGCAACCAGCGCGACACCUUGUGAGGGGGCAGAGCCCGGGGGGCCCUCCCAGCCCUGCGCCCCCCGCCCUCUCCUCCCAGCUCUGUGCCCCACCACCCUCCAGCUCCGUCCCCACGGCCGAGCCUCACAUCCCACCUGC